AUGGACAACUAUGACAUGGACUAUGGCAUCCCUCCAGAUGAGAUCCCCGAUACCACACAGGGCCAAGCCUUCUUUGUUGCCACCAUUGUUAUCGGUGUGGUCCUCAUCUGCAUCAUGCUUGUUUGUGGAUUGGGAAACUUCAUAUUCAUUGCCACACUGACAAGAUACAAAAAACUCAGAAAUCUAACCAACCUGCUCAUUGCUAAUUUGGCCAUCUCCGACUUCAUUGUGGCAGUGGUUUGUUGCCCAUUCUUGGUGGACUACUACGUGGUUAAGCAGCUUUCCUGGGAUCAUGGAUUGGUGCUCUGUGCCUCUGUGAACUAUCUCCGUACUGUGUCACUCUACGUGUCGACAAACGCAUUGCUUGCCAUUGCAGUUGACAGGUAUAUGGCCAUAGUCCAUCCUCUGAGGCCUCGUAUGAAGUACCAAACUGCCUACUGUCUGAUAACAGGAGUCUGGAUUGUUCCCAUUCUGAUAUCAAUUCCCUCUGCCUAUUUUGCCUCUGAGACCAUGUACCCUCAUGGAGGCGCCACCUCAAACACUCACAAAGUCUUUUGUGCCCAAAUAUGGCCUGUGGACCAGCAAGUGUACUACCAGUCAUAUUUCCUGUUUGUCUUUGCUGUGGAAUUUGUUGGCCCUGUGAUUGCCAUGGCAAUGUGUUAUGCCCGAAUUUCCCGCGAGCUGUGGUUCAAAAAUGUCCCAGGUUUUCAGACAGAACAAAUACGGAAGAGGCUGCGCUGUCGCCGUAAGACAGUGAUGGUCCUAAUCGGAAUCUUGACCGCAUACAUCCUGUGCUGGGCACCGUAUUAUGGAUUCACCAUUCUGAGAGACUUCCACCCGACACUUAUCUCCCGCCAGAAGAACUCACUGGUGGCUUUUUACAUUAUUGAGUGUAUUGCCAUGAGCAAUAGCAUGAUAAAUACCUUCUGUUUUGUUAGUGUCAAGAACAACACAGUUAAGUACCUGAAGAAGAUUGUACUGUUGCGCUGGAAGUCAACUUAUACCCCUAGUAAGACUGUCGAGGAGAUGGAUGUGAGAACUUCCUCCUUGCCAGUAACAGAGGAAAUUGAAUGCAUUCACCUAAGGUGA